UGCCAAAACAAAUAAGAAAAAUUGUUGCUCAUAUCAAUGCGAAACACAGCGACAGUUAAAUAAAUAAAGUGAUCGAAUGGAACCGGGAACCAGUAAGUCGACGACGGAAAAGGAACAAAAAUUAUUUUGUAAACAACCGAUCUCUUGCCCUUGGAACACGAUCCAACCCUAUCCUCCUACAACUGAAAAAGAUGAACCGACGGCGCGCUCGGAAAAAUCGAACGAUAAAUCCUGCCCGUCGAUACAGCAAUCUUGCAACCUGUUCUUCUACUUUUUGAGAUUAAUGCAACUUUUUCCAGAUACACAUCCUGCUACAUUGCACACCGUCCUUUGCCUUUGCAACAACAAUUUUUUCUACGCCGUGGACAAAUUACUGUACGCCAGGAAGUGCAAGUCCCUAUACAAUCACAGCCAGCGGAGCAGGAGGUGUCCCUACGAUCGGCCGCACUGCAGUUAUAGCGAUAGCCGGCCGAAAAAGAGCAAAGUUCUGGACCUGAAAGUGCUACAAAAGACCUCUAGCGCGGCCACUACUAAAACCAGCAAGUCUUCCUCUGCGAAGGAAACCGCCAGUGCGUCGACCAGCGGCAACGUCUAUUCGAGCAGUCAUUGUACAGAGAAGGAAAGCACCCAAUCGACGAGUUUUUCCAUUAGCGAAACAUUGGAGGAAACUUCUCCCGAUAAGACAGCGACCGCUUCUAGUCAAGAUAAUAUCGACAUUUCGAUAGAAAACAGUGAUAUCAUUAUUAUUUAAUUUAAUGAACUAAUUUUUCUUAUUUGUUUUAUAAUACAUUUUUUUCUAGGUAAUGUUUCCACGUAUAUAUUUUCAAAAUAAUUAAAAUACAUUUUUCAUAUACCUACCGA